AUGUCGGGCACCAGCAUCCACAUCACGGCCCUGGACGGCAUCGUGAACGUCAACUCCCUCUUCACGCUGGCCGUCUUCAUCGGGCUCGCCUGGAACCCGACCGACCCGAACAACAGCCUGGUCGACCGGCCCGACUGCUCCCCGGGCCCGAAUGUCGCCGAGGACCUCGUCGCCUUCCACGUCUACUCCUUCAGCUGCUUCCUAUUCUCCAGCCUCGUCGCGCUCGGCCUCAAACAGGCCAUCCGGGUCGCCCGCGUGGCCCACCACGACCACCGGGCCCUUUGGGCCUUCGACCUGGCCCGGGUCAACAGGACGGCACUCCGGGUCGGGUACGUGGUUUCGGCGGCGGGUUCGGUGUGCGGGUCGGUUUUCCUGAUGCUGGCGCUGGUGGACGUGGUGCAGAUCAAGCUCGGGUUGCUGGGGUGUGGGGCCCGCGGCGGCCAUGGGUAUGGGGCGGUGGUGCCGCUCCUCCUACUCGUGCCGUCUGGGCUAUUGAUCUAUGUUCCUUGA